ACUCACCACAAAAGCGAAUGCCAGCUUUUACUCGUCUCCCACCGCUAAAAAAAUACAGAGCCAUCAUAGCUACACUUUUGCGCUUUCCCGCUUGGACUUGCAGCAAGAAAAGAAAUGGCAGACGCCUUCUCCGUGGCUGCCAGCGGCUUGGCUCUCAUUCAACUCAGUGCUAAGGUUUGCGAGCUUUGCUAUUACUACUACGACGCGGUCAAGGGGAGCCAACAAGAUUUCAAGAAACUGGGGGACGAGAUUAAAAGCAUCCAUCAACAGCUCGAGGAAAUCCGAAUCCUUGCCGCCGGAGACGAUGAAAGCAACCCACAAUACCCUAGCCUUCUGGAAUGGACAAAAAACGAGAGUUUAAAAGAUUAUAAGGCGGCCUUGGAGGAGCUGAAGGAAAGGUUAGAUGUCCCGGGAUGGAGGAAAUCCUCAAGAAAGCUUCUUUGGCCUUUUCGCAAACCCAAAAUGGAGUGUUACCUGAGCUUGGUUGAAGAGCAGAGGUUGAAACUUCAACUAUUAUUGACUACAGCCACAACGUAGGUUAUUUAUUCUUCUGCCCACCGGGAAUCUACCUUCUCCACUUCCUUUUUGCUUCGCGGCAAGGCUAACUAGUAGUUUAGGAAGACUGUAACAAAGGUGUUGCGGAAACUAGAUGGUACUUGGUCACAUUGCCCCUAACCCUGCCAAUGAUUUUCAUUACUAAUAUCAGAUAUUUCUAAAAUCGCAGAGAGAGAAUUGCAGAAAGUACGGAAAUGGCUUAACGUUGUUGAUCCUGGUGCCAAUUUUUCAUCCGCCCUUGCUCUUCGUGAACCUGGUACGGGAAGUUGGCUGCUCAGGGGCCAUGAGUACAUUGAUUGGAAGGAAGGUAGAGGAGGAGUUCUCUGGCUUCAUGGAAUACGUGGGUGCACGGACGAGUGAAAUCCUAUGUUUGAAGAACGUCACUAACGUAUGCAUCUCGUAGCCGGAUGUGGCAAGAGCGUCCUAAGGUAAGAAUUUAAUCGGGUAUCCGGAGCCCCAAUAUUAUUUCCUGCUUGCUAACUCACUCCUUAGCGCUACUGCCAUUGAAGAUGUUAAAAAUCUGUGCGACACGAACGAUGAUUACGCAUUGGCCUAUUUCUAUUUUACCUUCAGCGACUCUGAGAAGCAGAACCUGCUCAAUAUGCUUCUGUCUAUUGUUGGCCAGCUACUGGAAGGGAUUUCGGACCGUGGCUUCCCCGAUGAGGUUAUGAAUCUGUAUCAGAAUUCCAAGGAAAUUGGAAAGUCAACAGAUAUCAAGGCCCUAAAAUAUGCGUUUUCGCAGAUGAUAAGACUCUCCAAAAGGACCUUUAUCAUCUUCGAUGCCUUGGAUGAAUUCGCAAGGGACACACGCGAGGGUCUCCUAUCUUGGAUCAGGGAGCUUACGGUUGACCAUAGUGCGGGAUCACUUUCCAUUCUCGUCACCAGCCGUCCCGAGGCCGAUAUAGUGAGAUCCCUGGAACCACUUGCCACUUUUGCGAUAUCUCUACAAUCCGAAACUAUCAAUCCGGACAUCCGGGCUUUUAUACAGAACUCCCUAGACUACAAGGACAGCUUCAAGAAAUUUACCGAAGAGAUUAAGGGCGAGAUAGAGGACACGCUCAUUGCUCACUCGCAGGGAAUGUAUGAUAUACUCGACUCCUGAAUUUCCAACUUACGCUUACAUAAGGUUGGAUAUAUUAGGUUCCGAUGGGUGGUUUGUCUUUUACGGACUCUAGAAGAUUGCAUUGCGCCAAAAGAUGUGAGAGCUGCAUUGAAGAAACUCCCGAAAGACUUGGAUUCUGUCUACUCGAGGAUCCUGGAGGGCAUCCCUGAGGCACAGAGGGAAUACAUGCAGCGAGUGAUGCAUUGGCUCACAUUUUCGGCUGAACCUUUGACAUUGGGCCAGCUUGCGGAGGCUGCCCAGAUCGAAUAUGUCGUCGAUAAAUAUGGCGAGGAUUCUGAACCACUUUUUGAUAAUAAGUCCCUCGUGAGCAUUUGCCCAAGCCUUAUUUGCUUCGAAGACUCCAGGGACGAUAAAUCCCACCCCCGGGAAAGCUGCCGAUUACGACUAGCGCAUUUCUCGGUAAAGGAAUAUUUGAUCUCCGACAGGGCAUCUCAGGGCCCCAGUGCCUACUACCAUAUUUCGGAGGAUAAAGCCAACUUACUGAUGGGCCAUGCCUGUCUUAGCCGAAUACUGCGACAUAGUGAGCAAGGUACGAUACGCGGGAACAGAGUCGAAGAAACAUCGUUUCUCUACCAUAGCGCUCGCUAUUGGUUCGUGUAUUUUCGAUCUAUCGAGGUUACGGCACCCCUCCCACUCUCCAAUGCCGCGUUGAAGGUCCUCAAGCUUGGCCGAGGCUGGCUAGAUAUAUAUGACCCAGAUCGUCCCUGGCGGCGCGAAUUCCAGGAUUCCGGGGAUUACCCACCAGCAAUAUACUAUUCCUCCUUGAUAAAUUUAGUGAUGGCCUGCGAAUUACUAGUCAAUAGAAGGGAGGAUGUAGUAACUUUGAAUUACCAGGGCGGCUGUUAUGGCAAUGCACUGCAAGCGGCAGCAACACAGGGGAACGAAUCGGUUGUGCGGCUUCUCCUUGAGAAUGGGGCGGAGGUGAAUGCUCAGGGUGGCCGUUAUGGAAAUGCACUACAAGCGGCCGUAACGCAGGGGAACGAAUCGGUUGUGCGGCUUCUCCUAGAGCGUGGGGCGCAGGUGAAUGCUCAGGGGGGGCAUUACGGCAAUGCACUACAAGCUGCUGUAACGCAGGGAAACGAACCGGUUGUGCAGGUCCUCCUCAAGUGCGGGGCAGAGGUGAAUGCUCCCAGUGCCGAAUAUGGCGAUCCACUGCAAGCAGCUGCAUUUCAGGGAAACGAAUCUGUUGUGCGACUUCUCCUCGAGCAUGGGGCAGAGGCGGAUAUUCAGGGUGGCCAUUAUGGCAACGCACUACAAGCAGCUGCAUAUAGGGGGAACGAAUCGGUUAUACAGCUUCUCCUCGAGUGUGGAGCGGAGGUGAACGCUCAGGGCGGCCGGUAUGACAAUGCACUCCAAGCAGCUGCAUAUCGCGGGAACGGAUCGGUUGUGCAGCUUCUCCUCGAGCGCGGGGCAGAGCCGAAUAUUCAGGGCGGCUAUUUCGGCAAUGCUCUACAGGUAGCCGCGGCAGAUGGAAAUGUAUCGGUUGUGCAGCUUCUCCUCGAACGAGGGGCAGAGGUUAAUUCUCAGGGUGGCCAUUAUGGCAACGCACUACAAGCAGCUGCAGUGAGGGGGAAUGAACCAGUUGUGCGGCUUCUCCUCGAGCAUGGGGCAGAUGUGAAUGCUCCAGGUGGCUAUUAUGUCAAUGCAAUACAAGCAGCUGCAAGGGGAGGGAAUGAACCAGUUGUGCGACUUCUCCUCGAGCGUGGCGCUGAGGUGAAUGCUCAUGGUGGCGAUUAUUGCAAUGCACUAAAAGCAGCUAAAACAUUACGACAUGAAUCGAUGGCGCGGCUUCUCCUCACACACGGGGCAUAUCCCAAUGCUAUGACUUCGACAACAUAAUAUACGCAGUACAACCAGCUAGGGGGCUUUUAAUUGUUCAACUACUAGAUCAUUAUAAUCCUCGGGUAGCUGGUAAUUCUUGAUGCUCUGCCUUUCCUAUC